AUGCCCUCCCCAACUCGCUCCUCGCACCGACCUACAUCUCCUUCUGCGCCGAGCUCAAGUCACCGCCACCACCGUAGCCGUCACGGCCAUUCCCACCGCCACCGGCCCCGAGACGGCUCACGCUCACGCUCUCCGCACCGAUCGGACAGGCACAAACCAGACCGCCAUAAUCGACACGGCGAAGACAAAGAUCGCGGUCGCCAUGAGCGUAGACACAGAGAUACGCCGAAAGAGCCGGUGAUCCUACCUUACCAGGCGCGUGAGCUCUCCAGGCGCGACCUUGAGGCGUAUGAGCCGAUGUUUGCCAUGUACUUGGAUAUCCAGAAGGGGAAAUUUAUCGAAGAUCUAAGCGAGGAUGAGAUCAAAGGGCGAUGGAAAAGUUUUACGCAAAAAUGGAAUCGAUGUGAACUUGCAGAGGGCUGGUAUGAUCCAGCUACGCUCAUUCGGGCACGCAAAAAUGCGGAGGAACAACUGCCAGCUGAACCAAGAGGUCGGCGUGAAUCUCCUGACUACACACAAGGCGAGCGAGCAGCUGGAGAAGCCCAGCAGGAUCAACCAGUAGGCGAGGAUGAAGAGGAUGAAGAUGAGUAUGGACCAAUAUUGCCGCAAGCUCGAUCAGCAAGAGGCGGAUAUUUGGGGCCUACAAUCCCAAAUAUGCAAGAUCUCGAGCUUAAAAGAGAAACCGCCAUUGAAGAUGCUGCUGCAGCCCGCGGCGAGUCACGCGAUCAAUAUCGUGCUGAACUGCGUUCCCACAAAUCUGCAACGCGUCAUGUGCAAGACGAGAUUGCGCCGCGCGCUGAGGCAGGCACACGGGAGAGACAGCUUGAGAAGCGCCGAGAAGUAGCUGCGAGCAAUCGCGCGUUUGCGGAUUCCCGGCGCGGCGACUCGCCUGAUGGAGCUCGAGAGGAAGAUCUGAUGGGUGGAGACAAUGAGUUGUCCGCUUUAAAACAGGAAAAAGAGAAGGACCAGCGCAAGAAGAAUGAGCGUGAGAUUCGGAGAGAGGAAAUUCUUCGCGCGCGUACAGCGGAACGAGAAGAACGGAUGCAACAGUAUCGACAGAAAGAGCAGGAGACCAUGGGCUUCUUGCAAGCCCUAGCCAAACAGCGCUUUGGUUGA